AUGUCAGGAGAGGAGCAGAGCUUGUCUGAAGUGGAGAUGAGUCCGGGGGGCUCGGACGACGGCCGUUCGCUGUCGCCGGGACACUCGUCCGGGGCGGCGGGGGGGCGGGACUCGCCUCUGGCCGGGCCGCCGGGGCAGGUGUCCGGAAUGGGCGAGGAGGCGGGCGGGGCCGCCGGCGGCAUAGCGGUGAAGUCGGACGACGAGGACGAGCGUUUCCCCAUCGGCAUCCGCGAGGCGGUCAGCCAGGUGCUCAACGGCUACGACUGGACCCUGGUGCCCAUGCCCGUCCGCGUCAACUCGGGCAACAAGAGCAAGCCCCACGUGAAGAGGCCCAUGAACGCCUUCAUGGUGUGGGCGCAGGCCGCGCGCCGAAAGCUGGCCGACCAGUACCCGCACCUGCAUAACGCGGAGCUCAGCAAGACCCUGGGCAAACUCUGGAGGCUCCUGAACGAGAACGACAAGCGGCCGUUCAUCGAGGAGGCGGAGCGGCUGCGGAAGCAGCACAAGAAGGACUACCCCGAGUACAAGUACCAGCCGCGCCGCCGCAAGAACGGCAAGCCCGGCUCGGGCUCCGAGGCCGACGGCCACUCCGAGGGGGAGGUCAGCCACAGCCAGGCGCACUUCAAGAGCCUGCAUCUGGACGUGGGCCACGCCGGGGCGGCCGGGUCGCCGCUGGCCGACGGACACCACCCGCACGCCCACCCGCACCCCGCAGGCCAGAGUCACAGUCCCCCGACUCCACCCACCACCCCAAAAACCGAGCUGCAGUCCGGGAAGUCCGUGGACGGGAAGAGAGACGGUGGAGGGGGGUCCCGCGGAGGGCUGGUGGGCGGAGGGGAGGGGGGAUCCGGGUCCGGGACAGGAGGAAAGCCCCACAUAGAUUUUGGCAACAUGGACAUCGGCGAGAUCAGCCACGAGGUGAUGGCCAACAUGGAGCCGUUCGACGUGAACGAGUUCGACCAGUACCUGCCGCCCAACGGGCACCCGGGCGGGGCGGGAGCGGCGGGGUCCUCCGCCUCGCCCUACGCCUACGGCAUCUCCUCGGCCCUGGCGGCGGCCAGCGGACACUCCGCCACCUGGCUGUCCAAGCAGCCGUCGCACCAGUCCUCCACCCUGACCUCCGACGGCUCCAAGGCCCAGAUCAAGAGCGAGGGCGGGGCGGGCGCCGGGGCCCACUUCUCGGAGACGCCCUCGGGCGGGGCGCACGUCACCUACACCCCGCUCAGCCUGCCCCAUUACGGCUCGGCCUUCCCGGCGCUGGCCUCCAGGGCCCAGUUCGACUACGCCGAACACCAGCCCUCCAGCUCCUACUACAGCCACCCCGGCCAGCCCGCCGGCCUCUACUCCGCCUUCUCCUACAUGGGCCCCGCGCAGCGGCCCCUGUACACCGCCAUCGCCGACCCCGCCAGCGUGCCACAGUCUCACAGCCCGCCUCACUGGGAACAGCCCGUCUACACCACCCUGUCCCGCCCCUGAGGCAGGUUGAGCCUCACUUCAGAGUCCCAGAUUUUGGGGGGGGGGGGGGUUGAGGUUGGGUCGUGGGAUGUCGUGCCUCAGCGUGGAUGAAACAUGCGUAACAGUCCCGUUUUGGGAGACAGACUGGGAGGUGUUAAAAGAGUUCUACGGUACAAAGCUUGAAGGGUUUUUAGGUCAAUAUGGUGCAACCCGUGACCCUUGUCCAUGUGGAGCAGAGGCUUGCCGUCCUGUGAAUCUUCUCGGCGAAAGGGGAGUAUGAAAAAACAAGACAAAAAUUUUUUGAAAUUGAGCAUGAGCAAUAAUUAAGAAAGGAUGGUCUUCCAUCAUAUCGUCAGACAGGAAGAAAGAGGAAAUCACAGGAGCAUGUUGUGAUGUUUAAAGAAAGAUUCAGCACAUCUUCGCCUGCCUACACAUUGUGUGUAGCAAUAUUAUUCCCAAUAUCUUCUAGUGCCACAGGUUAUGUACUUACAGUACGGGUGAAUCCUCAAUUAGAAAUAUAUUUAUAAAUACCGGUAUGUUUUUGUCAGAACAGUGACAGUAGUAAACACCACCAAAAAUGUGUUGAGGCCAAAAAACAAACAGAAAUUACUUUUCAGUAAAUACAGCACAAGAUGUUUUCUACAGAUAUUAGCACAAGGUAGUUUGAAAUGAAAUAAACACAUUUUUCCAUGUAUUCAUAUUGCACCGGAUAUGUUGUACAUAAAUAUGUUGCAAUUUGAUGGAUAUACAUUUCCCAGCACCAACAUCAGACUUCAGUGUUAACUGCUGGUUUCCUAGCAAUACGCAUUGUUUGAGGAAGGAAAUUCAAAGGUUACAAAAAUUAAUACAUUCAUGAAUUGUUAUAUAUAAAUAAUUAUUUUCUAUUAACCAAAAUGAAGGCUAUUUUUUUGUUACCAUAAAACAAUAUAUCACUAUUGUUGUCAUCAAUGUUGUUAUUAUUAUUAUUAUUAUUAUUAUUACUAUUAUUAUCACCCUUGUCAUCUGUGUUGUUUUUGUUGUUGCCAUUAUUACACUGAAAAGCCUGCGUCACUGCCCUUUUGGAAAUAUUUUUGAUUGACUUUUGAAAUGUACAUAUUUAGUGUAAAGUAUUUGCUCUUUAGCCUUUUUCAGCAGCUUUCGUGCAAACUUCAAAGAACCAUAUUCUGUAUCUCGAAAGGUAGUCCGCCCGGGUGCCAGGUAUAAUAUGAACCGGAUGCACAAGUUCCUGAGCGAGUGGGUCAGCCAGCAUUUAAGUGCCUUUUGGUGCCAAGUGGUGCCAGGUAUACAUUUUGUGUGUUGUACCACAUGCCUUAACAAUUCACAUACAUCUCCUCAGCAUUAGCAGCCCGCGAGUACUGCGUCUCUGACCUGUGCACAUUUACACAGCCAUUAGCGUGCCAGUUUCACAGGGCUUACCGUAGUUCCUGCCAAAAUCCACAUUACGAUUUUCGUAUUCAUCGACAAGCGGCUCGUUUUAGGGAUUGCCAAGCGUUGUUUCUCACUGUACGUACAGAAUACGAAGCUUAUGACAGAGAUUAUAAUGUAAUCGGUUGGGAAAUGCACUCCGCGACACGCCGUGACUUGCCUUGUGUAUCGGUCUCGGAGCGGGAAAAGUGGAAUACCGCAGGUUCCCACUAUCUCACAGCGACUCUGGACUCAAAUCUGGGAAGCUUCCUCUCCCACCACAGGCCUGCCCCCCCCCCCCCCCACAAUGUGAAGCACACCAUGAAAUAUUCAUCAUCGUUCAAACGCAUGUGAUUUAUACACAGUAUACCUUUUUAUAAUAAGAGCCUUCCAUCAUUCUAUUAAUUUAAACAAUUUCUAUGUUACCUUGUUAAAAAUAUGCUUGCUUUCCUGUCCAGCCAUGUUUUGGAUAUAUAUUUUUUUGGCAUCGUAGUUUGCAGAUUUUUUUUUAUAUUGUAGUUGCGUUUCCAACUUAUAUUACUUUAGUCCAUUUUUACAACAGAAAAUGUAAGACCUGCUACCAUUGUUAAAAUUUGUAUUGUUAAAUAUUAAAAAUACUGUAAUUAUUUAUAUUUGCUGAUACUGUGUUCUUACCCCCUGUCCUCUGACAUGUUGCAAACACUUGACUGUUGUUUUUGUUCUUAAUUUACUUUCAUGGUUACUGUUGUCAGCGGAAACCAAACCAGCUGUAGAUAUCAGCAUGAUUGAGACCCGCAUGACAUGGUGGCUAAUUAACUUCUCUCAGACUAAAUAAAUACAUUUCUGUUUUCACA